AUGACAGUGAAGUUGGGAGACGGCGGCGGCGGGGAGGAAGGGCUCAAGAGGCUGGGCAAGAGGUCGGCCGAUGAGGACUCGCUGGAAGGAGAGGGGCCCGGCGGCGGGGACGCGGCCGAGGAGAGCGGUGGCACAAAGAGGGACGGCAAGACCCCCCGGGACGGCGGCGACGGCCCCCAGGCCCCCUCGGGCGGCCCGCAGGCCCCGUCCCCGCCGCCCGCCUGCCCCCAGGACCAGCACCACUUCCUCAGGUCCAGCGUGAGGCCGCAGAGCAAGAGGCUCAGGAAGGACUCGUCCUGCGCCGGGGGGAGCAGCAGCGCGGGCAGCUCAGGGCCCCGUGGAAAAGGAGCUGACGGUAGCGGAUCAUCAGCUGGAAAUGGGUCCGGGGUUGCCCCUGCCACCCCUGCAGGGGGCUCUCGCUCCUCCUCCCGGAACUUAGGGUCUUCAGGCGGUGAGAAGGAAGAAGGCAAGAAGGUGCGGCGUCAGUGGGAGUCGUGGAGCACAGAGGACAAGAACACCUUCUUCGAGGGGCUGUACGAGCAUGGGAAAGACUUUGAAGCGAUUCAGAACAACAUUGCUCUGAAAUACAAGAAGAAAGGCAAGCCCGCCAGCAUGGUAAAGAACAAGGAGCAGGUCCGGCACUUCUACUACCGCACGUGGCACAAGAUCACCAAGUACAUUGACUUUGACAACGUGUUCUCUCGCGGGCUGAAGAAGUCGUCCCAGGAGCUGUAUGGGCUGAUCUGCUAUGGGGAGCUGCGCAAGAAGAUCGGGGGCUGCAUGGACGACAAGAACGCCACGAAGCUGAAUGAGCUCAUUCAGGCUGGGGCCACCACAGUCCGGUACAAAGGGAGGAACCUGCGGAUCAAAGCGCCCAUGUGCCGUGCCCUGAAGAAGCUCUGUGACCCGGACGGCUUGAGUGACGAAGAGGACCAGAAGCCAGUGCGCCUGCCCCUGAAAGUCCCCGUAGAGCUGCAGCCACGGAACAACCAUGCCUGGGCCCGCGUGCAGAGCCUCGCACAGAACCCGCGGCUCAGGAUGAUCGUGGAGCUCCAUCGAAAGGUCUCCAGCCUCAUCGAGUUCCUGAAGCAGAAGUGGGCACUUCAUGAAGUGCGAGUUCGGAAGACGUUUGAGGAGCAGCAGCUACAGGACUCGUUCAUGGAGCCAUCGCAGGAGAAGGUGGCACUUCACCUGUUCCCGGGGGAGAACUGCACCCUGACCCCGCUGCCGGGCGUGGCCCGAGUGGUGCACUCAAAGGCCUUCUGCACGGUGCACUGGCAGGAGGGCGGCCGGUGCAAGCAGAGCACCAAGGACACCCACACGCUGCCCCCAGCCCAGAUCCUGGGCAUCCAGAGCGGGCAGGGCACAGCCAGGGGCCAGCUGAAGUGCCCACGGGGCGGCACCGAGGCCAAGGGCGGGGGGCGGCCCCCUCCCUCCACUGACGCUUUGCAGAGCUCCGGGGAGAGUUCCCCUGAAAGUGCACCUGGGGAGGGGGCCGCUGCAAGUUUCAGCAGCCCGGAUGCCUCUGACAGGCUUCCCCCUGGGCUCCAGGAUGCUGGUGGACAGCUUGAGAAGACCCCUGCGGCUGCUGCUGCAGAGGGUGGGGACGGCCCUGCCCGAGAGCCCGGGCCCCUGGCGUGUGCCUGUGGCCAGCUCCCAGACCUGGAAGAUGAGCUCUCCCUCCUCGACCCCUUCCCCCGCUACAUGAAGUCCUGUCAGGACCUCAUCAUCCCUGAGCAGUGCCGCUGCGCAGACUUACGGCCCUCAGGGUGCCCCUCCCCAGAGACCCUCGUCCCCAGCAGCGCAGAGGUGGCCGACCUCGCCCGGGCCAGGGCACCAUCCCCUGUCCGCGUCCCGCCCGGCCCAGAGCCUCAGCCCAGCCCUGGGCUCCAGCCGGACGUUUGCACUAAAGACUUGGCGGACACGCCUGCAGAGGAACCCCAGGAGAAGGCGAGCCCCUUGGAUCCCCCGCCACCUCAGGGUCAGCCUGCCGUCAAGCCUCUGAAGGACGUCCCUGCCAGCCGGUUCGCCCAGCAGCUCCGCGAGGAGGGCUGGAACCUGCAGACCUCUGAAAGCCUCACGCUGGCUGAAGUCUACCUCAUGAUGGGCAAGCCCAACAAGCUGCAGCUAGAGUACGACUGGCUGGCAGUGCUGGGCCCUGAGAGCCAGGCCCUGGGAGGGCAGGCCCAGGGCUCCCGCGCUGGCUCCCCGCCUACCACCUUCCACAAGCAGCGUCUCCUCAGCUGCCUCCUGAAGCUCAUCUCCACCGAGGUCAACCCCAGGCUGGCUCCAGAAGCGAACACUGGCUCCACGGCCUCAGUGAGGCCUGCCCAGGAGGAGCAGUCGACGACGCCCCCGGGGAAGGUGGUGACUGUCAGCACCCGCAGCCCACGCUGCCCUCGAAACCAGGCUGCCCUCCGUCACGGCAAGACCUUCUCGCCCAGCUCCACACCUUGCUCCUCAGGUUUGAGAAACCCCCCGAGGCCCCUCUUGGUGGCCGGUCCCUCCAGUGCUGGAAGUGGUGAUUCAGAUGGUGGCCUUUUUGCCGUCCCGACAACUUUGCCACCCAAUAGCCGACACGGGAAGCUCUUCUCUCCCAACAAGGAAACAGAAUUGACGUUCCGUCAGCAUCUGAACUCCAUCAGCAUGCAGUCAGAUUUCUUCCUGCCAAAGCCCAGGAAGCUGCGGAACCGGCACCUGCGGAAGCCGUUGGUGGUCCAGAGAACUCUGCUUCCUAGACCGUCUGAAAACCAGUCCCACAAUGUCUGUUCCUUCUCCAUCCUGUCGAAUUCUUCCAUAACUGGGAGAGGCUCCUUCCGGCCCAUUCAGUCCUCCCUGACCAGAGCGGCUCUGUCCCGGCCGAUUGUGCCCAAGGUCCUGCCACCCCAGGCCCCAGGCCACCUGGCUAGUGCUAUCGACUUAGCAGCUAAAAGCGCCGGCAUCAUCCCUGGGAGCCCCCUCCCUGUCCUGGAUGCCGAUGGCUUGUCUGGCAUCUCCCCGCUGUCUUCAGAUGAGGUGACGGUGACUGUCUCGGGGCAGGACUCCACCGGCACCCACCAGAAUGGAGACCCCAUCCCCGCUGUAGGGGGCACGAACGACCCGUUCAUCAGUGUCCCCUCGAGGCAGGAGACGGUGGCAGACGGUUUCCAGAACUCGCCUGUUCUCUCCUUAUCCGAGCUGUCCAAGGCUCCUCUCCACAAUGGGCUCUCCACACCGUUGGCCUCGUCGGAGGCCUCCAGCACCCGGCUCUCUCCACCCAACGUCUCUGCUCUGCUGGACAUCUCCCUGCCCGGCCCGCCCGAGGACGUGCUCUCGCAGGGAGAGCCCGCCACGCAGAUCAGCGACUCCAUCAUCGAGAUCGCCAUCAGCUCCGGCCAGUACAGUGAAGGAGUCCCUCUUUCUCCAGCAAAACUGAAUGGCAGUGACAGUUCCAAGAGUCUCCCCUCCCCGUCCAGCAGCCCCCAGCCAGACUGGAUCGCCUCCCCGACCCACGACCCACAGUGGUGCCCCAGCGACCCCACAGACUCCUCACUCAGCAGCUUGUUUGCGAGCUUCAUUUCCCCAGAGAAGAGCCGGAAGAUGCUGCCAACCCCCGUCGGGACCAACAGCGGCACCUCCCUUCUGGGCCCCAGCCUGCUGGAUGGCAACUCUCGUGACUCGUUUGUGUCCCGGUCCCUGGCUGAUGUCGCCGAGGUUGUGGAUUCCCAGCUGGUGUGCAUGAUGAACGAAAACAGCAUCGAUUACAUAUCCCGGUUCAACGAUCUGGCCCAAGAGCUGUCCAUCGCUGAGCCUGGCCGCCGAGAGGUUCUGUUUGAUGGCGGUGGAGGUGGCCCCCCGGUCGGUGACCUGUCCCAGUGA